AUGCAACCAAUUCCAAAAUUACAGGAAUUGCCAAAUCCGGUUGUAAAAUUAGACGAGUACCCACCUUUGAUCAUCCUUAACUCUCAAUCUUUCCAUGGUGUUCGGUCCUCACUUUCAUCAAAAUUUGAAAACAAAAGAAAGCGGGAAAUCAGGGCCUGGUUCAAACAGCGCUCUUUCGUCAUAACCGCCGCCGCCAGCCACCGCCACAGCCACAGCCACCAUUCUGUUGUUCAUCCCCAGAUUCUAUUCAUCGAUCAGUUCUGUAUGUCGAAUGUUUCUCUUUUGGGAUUACGUGAAAUGGGCAACGAUUUGAAGCUUUAUCAUCUGUGGCUUUUCGACUCUGGUGAAGAAUUCUUUUCUAGUUGGGAGUUACUCAUUGAUUGA